GACUUGAUUUGCCCCUAAUCAAAAGAAAAACAUCGUAUUCGUUGAAUUAGUCUUUUCUUUUUCAAUUUUUCUCCUCAGUGGUAUUUGUUUUUGAAAUAUGAGUCAAUUUUUUAUUUUUUAUUUUGGCCAGAAAUAUGAGUCAAUUCAAUUGAAUGCCAUUUUUCUCCAGAGUAAAUUGUAUAACCCGAAUCAGGUCCCCGACCAAAUCGACUCGACCCGUAUGUAUAUCCGACCAAUCAUAAUGUCUUGCACCUAAAGUCGUUAAUGGAGAGACGGGAAGGAAACUGCCGCGUUAACCGCCAAAAACACAGUAGCCAAGAAAGCGGAAUGGUUUAAAUUUUAGUAACUCCUUCUUCCCUCUGGUCCCUUUUAGAGCUUCGAGCAUGGCUUCAGCGCUCGUCUGCAGCAGCUUCUGCAGCUUUAACACCCCAGGAAUAGUCUGUCGAAAUGUUAUCCCACCCCCAAAAAGGAACUUGAACCUGAGCUCCGGGAUCAAGAGGCCGUCAGAGGAGAAACGGCGCCAGUCGAAACGGCUCAGAGAUUCGGACUCACUGGAGAGCCUGACCCUUCAAAGGGCUCUCUGUGCAUUCGUUCUAUCGGGGUCAAUGGACAAUGCGCUCUACGUGUUCGACAGUAUGCCCCACUCGGAUGCCUAUUUGUGGAACGUGAUGAUUAAAGGGUUUGUGAAAAGUGGGAUGUUUCAUGAAGCGGUGGAAUUUUAUCGCCGAAUGAAGAGGGAGGGGAUUAGACCCGAUAAUUUCACGUACCCUUAUGUGAUCAAGGCAUGUGCGGGGCUGUUCAGUUUGGUAGAAGGAGAAAAAGUGCUUGCUGAGUUGUUCAAAGUUGGGUUGGAUUCGGAUGUGUAUGUCUGCAACACACUUAUUUUGAUGUAUGCGGAGAAUGGCUGUAUCGAGUUAUCAGAGAGGGUGUUUGAUGAACUGUGUGUUAAAGACUUGGUUUCUUGGAAUUCUAUGAUUAGUGGGUAUGUCUCAGUUGGGGAUGGAUUUAGCUCGUUGACUUGUUUCCGGGAAAUGCAAGUAUUCGGAAUGAGGCCUGAUAGAUACUCUGUGAUUGGCGCUCUCGGUGCAGUUUCUCUUGAGUGCUGUCCCCUGGCUGGGAAAGAGAUCCAUUGCUAUUUGAUUAGGAGCGAGUUUGAUUCGGACAUUAUGGUUCAGACUUCACUCAUGGACAUGUAUUGCAAAGUGGGUAGAGUGGACUAUGCGGAGAGAUUGUUUUGUCAGGUUUCUCAUAAGAGCAUUGUGACUUGGAAUGCAAUGAUUGAUGGGUAUGGUUCGAAUUCUCUUCCUGAAAAGUCAUUUUCUUGCAUGAGAAGUAUGAUAUCUGACUUUGGAUUGGCUCCGGACUGUGUCACAAUGAUCAAUCUGUUACCCUCUUGUGCUCAGUUAGGAGCCCUCUUGCAAGGGAAAUCAAUCCAUGCUCAUGUGAUCAGAAAAGGGUUUCUUCCUCACUUAGUCCUAGAAAAUUCCCUUAUUUAUAUGUAUGGAGAGUGUGGAGAGUUGAAGUGUGCUAUGGCUUUGUUUCAUCAUAUGAGUGAAAGGAAUUUGGUGACUUGGAAUGCUAUAAUUGUUGCACACAUGCAUAAUGGACAGAACAUUGAAGCCUUGAGAAUAUUUCAAGACCUUAACUUUUAUGGACCUCACAAACCUGACGAGUUUACUGUCUCGAGCAUCCUGCCUGCUUAUGCUGAGGUGGCAUUACCGAGGGAAGGGAAGCAGAUUCAUGGCUAUGUGAUUAAAGUGGGUUUCAGCUCCAACACGUUUAUCUCGAACUCAAUUAUAUACAUGUAUGGAAAAUGUGGAGAUUUAAGGACUGCAGGGCAAAUUUUCAACAAGCUGUCGUUUAGGGAUAUUGUGUCAUGGAAUGCUAUCAUGAUGGCUUAUGCGAUUCAUGGGUAUGGAAGUGAAGCCAUUGGAAUGUUUUCUUUAUUGAAGCAAAAUGGAAUUGAGCCGAAUGGUAGCACAUUCGUGUCCUUGUUGUAUUCUUGCAGUGUUUCUGGGAAGAUAGACGAAGGAUGGGAUUACUUCAAUUUGAUGAAAAAUUGGUACAACAUCGAUCCUAUGGUUGAACACUAUGCAUGUGUCCUUGAUCUUCUUGGUCGAGCUGGCGAUCUUGAGAAGGCCAAGAGCUUCAUUGAACAAAUGCCAGUUAUCCCCACAGGUAGGAUAUGGGGGUCCUUACUGACUGCAAGUAGAAAGCAUCGAAACAUAGAAAUGGCAGAAUUUGCAGCCAAAAAUAUCUUGCCUUUAGAACACGAUAAUACGGGGUGUUAUAUAUUGCUCUCAAAUAUGUAUGCUGAAGCUGGUCGCUGGGAGGACGUGGAAAGAAUAAGACAUCUUAUGAACUCGAAGGGGUUGAGGAAGACAAUUGGAAGGAGCAGAAUUGAGACGGGAAGGAGAGUUCACAGCUUCAUCGAUCACGAUAAAUCCCAUGAAGACACAAACUCAAUCUAUGAGGCUUUGUACAUUAUCUCGAGGUUGAUUGGGAUUGGGGACAUUCACUUGCUGAAGAAGAAAUACGCGACUCACAGUGUAAGGUUGGCUAUUUCCUUUGGGUUGAUCUCAACAGAGAUAGGGAGCCCUGUUCUUGUCAAAAAGAAUAUGAGAAUAUGCGAGGAGUGUCACAAUGAUGCGAAGAAGAUAUCCAAAUUCUGUCGGAGGGAAAUUAUAGUCGGUGACUGCACAGUCUUUCACCACUUUAAGGAUGGAAAAUGCUCUUGUGGGGAUUAUUGGUGAAUGUAAUACAGCAAUAUUAACGCAAUAGAAGUAGAAUACAGGUAAGAAACGAGGGUUGCUGUAUAUAUUAUUCAAACCCGAAGUCAUGAAUAUCCUGUAAACCAUACCGUCACUCGUAUGUACAAGUGGCUCCUCUGAUACCACUUCUAGAGCUCAAAUAUCUGCGGUCACAGCAUGUCGCCUUGCUCUGAUUGCAACAUUGGACAAUGAUGUUUCGAACAAGGACGGGAUUUCUUGUUGGUGUUUGCUGGUAAUCGGCGGACUGCAAUAUGAAGGCGGUUGCUUAGGAAGUUUCUCUUGCAAAUGCAGUUUUUUGCUUUUAGUUCAGUAUGGCCCCUCUUGGUUGAGUUCGUCCAAAUUGAUCGGUUGGUGAAGCACAUGUAUUGCUAAUAGAUUGCAAGGAGGUAUUGUCCUAUUGUCCCA